AUGUGGGGAGUAAAACUACCCGCAGGAACCCCCAUUGUCACCGCGGUCUUUGGAAUCCAACACGACCCUUCCAGGGACAACUCUACCCUCAUAAACAUCUUUGACAGCCUGAUAGUCAACCAGCCCGCCCGCAUUGAAAACCUCGAACAGGACAACCCCGUCCCAACCCGCGUCUGGCUCACAUAUUGGCCCUCCACCGCCGCGUAUCAGAAAUGGUGGACCAGUGAGCCUGUCGCCUCGUUCUGGGGCUCCCUCCCUGACGACGCCGGCGUGUACCGCGAGAUUCUCACUAUGCCGCCUGGCAAGACGCAACAUGGAACGAGCAUCACAGACCGUCCAUCUGGCAUGGCACCCUUGGGUAAAUUCGAGUCAAUUCUUGAUAAAUCGGGGUAUUGGGGAUGCUACUAUGAUCGGAUGAGUGAUGUCAAUAAGAGGGAGAGUAAACUCCCCACUCCAGUCACCAAGAAGCCGACCAGGACACAUCCAUUGUCUAUUACGCCCAGCACCGGCAGCAAUCUGCCCAUCCGCAGAGGAAGAAUCCAACUUCCCACUCUACCGGAUAACAUAGCAUUUGUGGUCGAGGGUCAAGACCACGGUCUUAUCCUCCCAGAGGAAAAAGAGCACUGGCUCGAGAACUUCGACCAGCUAACAACAAAUUGGAUAUGCGAUCUAGUCGAAGCGGGCCCAGAAAAGGGGAUUUUGGAUUCGAGAUUAUGCUACCGCCCUGACAGUGGGACGUACAAGGACGCCGAUUCCCCGCCGCGGGAGUUAAGCUUCAACGACAAGGUACAGCUGUUCUAUUUCUUGGAUAUGGAGGCAAUGCAAAAAUUUGGGAGGGAGAAUGCAGGGCAUGUUAAGCUGCGACGCGAGUUCGCGCAGAGUUAUGGGCCGAAGGGUGUGAUGACUGAAUUGCCUGGGCAGUUGCGCUUGUGGGUUGAGACUAGCAUCUUGAAGGGGAAAGAUAUGGAGUGUGAGUAUGUUGGAUGUAUUGAGGGGACGGGGUUGAUGGGAUUGAAUUGGGGUUGA